AAUUUAGAAGAAUUGACGCAUACGAUCGAUUUGUAUUUGUUUUGGCAUUACUGUGUAAUACAAUAAUAUUUUGAAGACUCGGAACAUUGCAUUUCAUCAAAAUGUAUGGAAGAAAAACUCCCACCACAUCAUACACGCGAUCGACCGCUUCGAUUCAUUCAACUGGAAGAUCGCUGUCUAAUUUACAUUCCCAGAAGUCGUCGCGUUCUAUGAAAUCAGUGAAAAUUCCUUGGUAUCAAAAGCCAAUAUUGCACAAUAACAAAUACAUAAAUGUUCAACGAGGUGCAAUGCUUGCUGCAAUUUUCUCAUUAUUUUUGGCUAUUUUUACGAUCGUUACCGCUGUUUUUGACCUUUAUUGUUUGUCUAUGGCUGCGCCAGGGUCCACUCAUUAUGGUUACUACUUCAUUUCGUAUGAAUUUGUUUAUGUGGGAAAUCGACACGUUCGAAAUAUUUUGGCAAUGUUUGCUCUUUUCUCAUUCCUCGCUGGACUUGUGAUCUUUGUAACGUCGAUUAUGCUAGCUGUAGCAUUGCGAAAGGAAUACGAAGAGAAGAUUGUUCCAUGGCUUUGGACAUUCGCUGUUUUUACAAUUCUACGAUCUUUGGCGUGGCUAUUUUUCUGCAUUGUUAACGACUUAAUAUUUGCAUAUAACAUAUUCAUCUGCUUAUUCUGGGCCUUACUGAUUGUAUUGGGUAUUUGGAGUUGGCUGGUCGUCUAUUCUUUGUAUGUUGAGCUGAGAGAUCUAUCGAAAUUGGAGGAUUUGGCACAUCUACGUAUGGGAACAAUGGCAUCUGUACAUGCUUCAACAAAUCCGUCGUUAGCUGGUUCCAGGCCAACGACGCCAUACACGGCUUCAACUAUUCAUUGAAAAAAACUAACAACUACUGCUUAAAUAUGACAAAGCAUAAAUGGUCUAUUUUCCGAACAUAUUUGCAUUGAAACGUCAACACUUUUCACAAUUCGUACCACAACAUCAUUAGCAGACAGUUUAUCUCGACACACGGUAGUAUGCACAUAAUUGCUACCUUAACAUAUGACGAAUUCUUUCCGUCAAAAUGAUUUAUCCGUCCAUAUUGUCUUAUGAACAAAGUCUUUUUUAACAUUUAUUUACAAUUUUUUAAGCCUUUUUUCCAACAUGAAGAUUUCAACAAGAAUUUUUCAAAUUUUGUACUUCACGUUUUAUUUACGUAAAUGAAAUAUACAAUUCUUCUAUUUAGAAAAAAAAG